AUGGUGUUCCGAACUUUCCAUUUCAACUCGAAGAUCCAAGAUACAGCAGUAUAUUUGCAGGAUGAAAAGGCAGUCCCUGUAGUCUCGUCGGGGACUUCUGAACCAUCGUCGAUAGCCUCCACAAACCCAGUUAUCGUCCCUCCAAGGCGGAGUCAGAGACCUCCUCCUCUCACCCCCCUUAAACCCAAUUCUAGCAGGAAUAGUUUACAAGAAGUGGCAGAAAGGCCUUCCCGUUCGUUGGCAAGGCCGGAAGUUCCCGUCUCUACGCGUGUUUCAAACUUGCUAGAAGCAACUGCAAUUCCUGUGCCGCGGGCCUGGACGACUAGGAAACUAAGUCGAUUCCUGGAAGACAGCAAUGAGGAAUAUCUCAACUCUCUGCUCACGGAUGGGAGGAAAUCGACAGAAAGCCCCAACACACCCGGAGUUUUAGUAAAUAGGCCACUUCAUGUUCUUCUCAGUCUUCCAAACGCGUUGGAGGAUGACGGCGUACCAAGCGGUCCCGAGACUCCCACUUCUGUAGGAUCUCUAUCCUUACAUUCCGUUCCAUCUUUGGAUACUGAUUACAGUAUCUCGACACCGUCCAGUGAUCCAGCAACACCGUCUUUUUCGGACCAUCGAACACCCCUGAUACGGAAGCAGAGACUAUUUUCACCCACUGAGGCUUGUCCUCUAGAUCACCCUCUCCUUUCGCCUUCCAUUUGCGAAGAAGAUGUAGAAAUCGAUGAAACUCCCUCUAAACUCCCCACGGAUGAUUCAAAUCCAUCAAGGCCAUUUCCAAAACUGGGAGCAACAGUGAAGUCAAAUCUUACAGCCUCUCUUCGAGCACUCAAAUCAGCUGCUCAAAGCGUUUCGAACUUCACAGCUCCUUCAAUCCGAUCCGAAGACUUUCUUACUCUAUCUUUCUUCUCUUUUUCUCCAGAACUGACGGAUGAUAAACACCCUGUUCCAAUGAAGAAUCCACCCUCCCCGGCACUCCGGCGCUAUUUAAAUCCCUUUACCGCCUCGCCGGCAAAUUUUCAUACAUACAGCGAAUAUCCGCGGGAAAUCCGGGACCAACCCAGCAGAUGUACUGCUUCAAUUCAAAUGGAGACGUACAGUUCAGAAGUUGUGAAGAAAGCAUGCAGAUGUAGCCGAUUUUCCCUGACCGGUGAGGAUGAUGGCGCGACUGAUGACGGCGAUGAUCAAAACUUUCCACAGCAAUUGCCUGUCCAACGCCAGCGUGAGCCACGAGAGAAUGGCGAUUUCCUUCGAGUGGUUGUUUUGGAAAUGAACAUGCGACGUCAUGGUAAACUACGAAGUGACAUCCCCGGUCGAGCCAAAAUAUGGCUUCCUCCAAGGAAAACGGUGUCAACGUCUGAUGCUGCCUAUAUGAGUGUGGGAUGUGGCUCUGCUGGCUACAAGAUCCCACGAAGGUGGGUCGCAGUAUCCGCAGAUGAAUGA